AUGAAUGCUCAAAAAAAAGCAUUUCGUGCCAAAUUGAACGCAAAAAAGCAGGAAAAGCAGCGGAUUGAUUCUCCUCUUGUAAGGUAUAACGAACACGAUCAACCUGUAUGUAGAGUUUGCGAUGUUGUCAUCAAAUCCGAGUCAAAUUGGCCUGCUCACCAAGUUUCUCGCAAACAUCAUGAGGCUAUUGAAAAACUCAAAGCUACUGCUGCUGCUCAAAAUCGUCCGACGGUUUCAAAGUGUGAAUCUGCUAAACAGUUUCCAAAGGCUAAGCUUGAAUCCUCCAGGGACUUGAUUGAAAAACCUGAACCUUUACCUGCAGUGCGUGCACAUCAAUCAUCUACUCUGCCUCAAGAUUUUUUCGAUAAUCCUGACAAGAAGAGGCAAAAAAAUGGUAUGAGCAGUGAGCUUGCCAAUUACAUAUCAUUCACUGCCCCAUCUGUGGAGACUAGAAAUCCUCACAUACAGACUUCAAUGGAUCCAACGCCAUUGCCAAGUACAUCUAAUGUGGUGGCUAAGGAAGUUAAAGGGGCACUGCCUGCAGGUUUUUUUGAUGACAAAGAUGCUGAUUUGCGUGCGCGUGGCAUAAAACCCGUGAAGCCAGAUGCCAAGGAUGAAUAUAAGGAAUUUGAAAAGUUAAUCCAAGAGGAUUUACAAGAGGUGGAUAACCGGUUGGAGGAAGAAGAGUUUGUUGCGGCUGAGGUGAUCGAAGAGGAGGAGACUGUCGAACAGAGGGCAUAUAUAGAGAGAGUGGAAAUGUUAAGAAGGAAGAAACUGGAAUUUAAGGCUUCCAAAUCUUCUGCGGCUGUUAAAGAUGCAGAAGUGACGAGUAAAAUUCCUAGCCGUGAAGCAUCUUCGAGCGAUGACGAGGAUGACGACAUAAAAGUUGAUUGGAGAUCAAAGCGACUUUAA